AUGGCAGCAGUAGCUGUCCCUCCGUCGCCCCAGGUUCCAGUAGUCAUGUCGAACCGGCGCGUCCCCCUCGCCAACCUGCAAAACGCUACCAAUUCCCCGUUACGCGCGACGGCCAUAGGAGGAAAGCGCCAACGCUCACACGCCAGUGAGCAGCGCGAUGUCCCCUAUGGCCAACCGCCGCCCAAGAAACAGAUCAUCGAGGUGGAUGAUGCAGAAGCACGCCGCCAUGGCCUGGUCCGCCGGAGUGGGGCCCAACCCACGGCUCUGACCCGGAAGCUCGAGGCAGCACGAGAGACCAAAGCCCCGUCCAAGCAGGCAGUGCAGCGAGCAGCCAACGACCUGGAGACGAUUCGGCAGUGGCAGCGUCACUAUCGCAAGCUGUUUCCCCAGUUUGCUUUCUACUUUGACAGCGUCUCAGAACCCCAGAAAGACAAGCUGAUGAGCAGGGCAAAGGUCCUGGGCUCCCGAGAGGUCAAGUUCUUCUCCCGAGAAGUUACCCACGUCAUCACGACGCGUUCCAUUCCUGUCGACCUCGAUGGCAGUUCAUCCACCCACAAGGGCACCGUCAACCCGGCUCAACUGGAGAACAAGAAGUCCGUCUUCGAUGCCGCCCUCGAAAAGUCCGACCGCGGUGACAUCCUGUACAAGGCUAAGAGCUUGGGCAUGAAGAUAUGGUCCGUUGAGAAGUUGCAGCGGAUGGUCGACACCAUGUUCAACAAGGAGACGGGUGAAGAUGCGUCUAGUCAUCCGACACGCCAGGCUGUGGGCACGCAGCAUCAGAAAGGCCGUCCUGCUGACCUGCAGAGGCUGCUACAAAACGAGAAGAUGGACCGCGACUACGUCAUGGCCUCGCAAGAUAUGAUUCCUCUUCGCGGCUACUACGUUUACGUGCACGACAUGGACGAAGUCACCCGACCCGUCAUGAUCCGAGAAUACCAGAAAGUCGAGAAAGAGAAGGGCAAGUGGCCGCAGUUCCGUGCCUCAGGUAAUGGCAAAUGUCCCUUCGUCGAAGAUCCCCAUUUUGGCCGCCGACAGCAGGAAGAGCAGGAAGCACGUCGAAGGCAGGCCGCCCAAGCCCCACGGACGCGUGCUGUCUCGGCCAUGCAAGAGAAGAGUGCUCUGGUAGAAAACAACAACUUGGCCAGGCGUCCCAGUGCCCCUGCUGCCAUCGUCAAGGAAGAACAAGAGGCGGAUGCGAAGCCGUUAGAUCCCCCGAAGGCCCUCCCACCCAAGCGAUGCAACACGGCAGAUGGCCCACCGCCUAUGUUUGGCAGUGCUCAGGCUAGCAUCCGAGCCAUGCCCCGUUUCAUUGCGGAUGAUAUCCUCGACUGCUGCCGCGCUCGUGCUGGAAACAGCAAGGAAGUGAAUCAACUGAAACGAAAGGUCCUAGAGAAGAACAGCGUACCGUCGGCGAAUACGAAUAGUGGCCACUCGUCCGUCACAAACGAUGUGAGGGCUGCGCUCAGCUAUGAGCAUUCUCAACCCAUGCGAGCAGCCAAGCGCAAGGCCCAGGAGAACAUGGGUCACGCACACGAUGACGGAGACGAAGAGAGACAAGCUCGUAAAGCAGCAGCUCUCCGUAGGCGCAAGACUGCUGAGAAGGAGUUGAAGCCUGGUUACUGCGAGAACUGCAGGGAGAAGUUCAACGACUUCGAAGAGCACGUCGUCUCCCGCAAGCACCGUAAAUUCGCAGUCACCACCGAGAACUGGGUCGAGCUUGAUCAGCUACUCGCUCAACUUGAUCGUCGAUGA